AAGGUUUGUAUUCCCAGGCUGUACGCUCAGACAAGGGCACACGUCAAAGCCUCCCUGGCCAGCGCGGAGAGAGUUGCCCUGACGUGCGACGGCUGGACCUCGCGCACAACUGAAGCAUAUGUCACCAUCACGGCUCACUUUAUCAACAAGGAGGAAUGGGAGCUUGUUACGCAUGUUUUACAAACCAGGGACAUGCCCGAGAGUCACACCGGACACAACCUGGCAGAACAUCUCAAAACGGCCCUCGCUGAGUGGGGAAUCACAGAAAAGGAUCCAGUAAUCGUCACUGACAAUGCGUCAAAUAUGACAAUCGCAGCUGAGUAGGCAGCAUUCACACUUCAUGUCAAAUGCUAUGCUCACACACUAAAUCUAGCUGCACAACGUGCCCUCAAAAUCUCAGCAGUCGCACGCCUGCUGGGAAGGGUGAGACACAUUGUGAAUUUCUUCAGACGGAGCACCACAGCCAACCACAUGCUGAAAGAGAUACAGAGGCUUCUACGACUACCAGAGCACAAGCUGAUGACGGAUGUGGUUACCAGGUGGAAUAGUGCACAUGACAUGUUAGAAAGAUUCCUAGAGCAACAACCGGCCAUCUGCGCAGCCCUGCUCUCCAGUGAAGUCAGGAAGACCGAGAAGGAUCUGUGCACACUGACUGAGUCAGACGUGACAACAGCUGAAGAAGUAGUCAGCGCGCUGAAGCCCAUGAAGGAGGCUACACAGUACAUGUCCAAGGAGAAGACCCCCACACUGUCAGUCGUCGCACCCCUCCAGGACACACUGAUCAACGGACUGAAACCGAUCGAAGGUGAAUCUGCAGUCAUAAAAGAGAUGAAGGCUGCCAUGGCUGGGGAUCUUCAGAAGAGGUACAUUGACCUCAAGGCAACUCUCCAUGCAUGUUCAGCGAUGGAUCCAAGAUUCAAAAGUCUUCCCUUCGUGACUGAAAAUGAAAGAGAGGAAGUUUAUGAUGGACUGAUUGUAGAGGCUGCAAGACUGAGCAUGCAGCCAUCAGAGUCACUUUGGAGUGUGGAUGAAGAGUGGACAGCAAAUGCUUGUGCUGAUGAUGAGGGGAUGGCAUCUAAAGAAGAAGAAGAAGCUGUAGAUGAAGGAGAGCAAUUCAUGGAAGAAGAAAGCAAUCAUGGUCAGUAUCACCCAUUGUUUUCCAGUGAAGUGCACUGUGUUGUCUGAACCUCUGUGUAGGCAUUAUGGAAUGUACUAUAAGUAAUGCGUUUUUGUUUUUAUUGUUUAUUUAUUUAAAGGUCAGCGUCUUCCACCCAGGAAUCCAAGGCCGUCUUGUCCACUGGCUGCCCUUCUUGGUGAACGAUACGGUGGUGGUGCAGCACGACCCAAGACAAAUACCCAAGAGAAUGAGGCCAAGGAGCAGAUGACCCGCUACAAGGAGGCAGAUCUCCUGGAAGUGAAAGAAGAUCCACUGGUCUGGUGGAAGGAGCACCAGUAUCAGUAUCCACUCUUGUCACAACUUGCUAAAAGGUACCUCUGUAUCCCUGGCACUAGCGUUUCAUCAGAAAGGGUCUUUUCCACCGCCGGAGACAUCAUCACUGCUCAGAGAAGUGCACUUCUCCCAGAGCAUGUUGAUCAGAUUCUAUUCCUGAACAAAAAUCUGAAGACAAUGUAGAUCACUUGGUCUGCAGUUAUGUGGAGAGGAGAUUUUCUGUUUACUAGUGUUCACUUAAGUCCUUAAGAUACUCUGCUAAGAUGGGUACAAUUUUAAGUUGGCUUAAAUGUUGCUCCUGUGGACUUGAAUUAUUGGCUGCCAUGGUUUAUUUUUCUUUUCUGUGGCUAGACUGGCUACCUCACAUACUUGUAGGCCUAAAGGCCUUAAACUGCUCGGCUAAGACGGGUACGUUUUAAGUUAAAUGUUGUUCUUAAUAGUGACUUGUAUUAGUGGAUGGUACAGAAGCCAUGGUACUAUGUUUACUUACCUGGUGGCUAGACUGGCUACAUCAUAUGUUCAGUGUCAAGCUAAAAAGCUGUCAAAGAAACUGUUCAGAACAGGCCACUUGCUGCACUUUUGAAAACUCCAUUGUUAAUUGCAAUACUGCACUUUAUUUACUUUUCAAAUGCUUGUAAGCUACAGUUUGCACUGUUUCAAUAAAUGGAAAUAAUUUUCUCAACACAUCUUUGAUUCAUUUUGUCCAGCACUUGCACAUAUAUUGUUUUUAGUUUUUAGUUCAGUUAAUUCAAUCCAAGUAAAUGGAACACUCACAAGAUGUCACCAAAAUCACUCUGUCCCCAAUCUUUCAGAAAAUGAUGUAAGUGUAUCAAUUUAUAUCGAAUUGUAUCGAAUCGUAUCGUUGGCUGAAUAUCGUGAUAUAUAUCAUAUCGUGAGCUGAAUAUCGUGUAUCAUAUCGUAUCGUGAGAUUAGUGUAUCGCUACAGCCCUAUAUCCAAUAUCUGUCCACAAUGUAGCAUCCUUAAUGUCUUGACUUCAUGUUGAAAAGUUUGGUGUCAAUUGUAUGAGAGCCUUUGGAGCAGUAAAAAUUUGAGAACUUGGUUUAAAAAAAAUAAAUAAAUAAAUAAAAUCUUCAUUCAAACCAAAAUAGCUGACUUCCUGUUGGUCAGAACUAAUGACUAAAUUGAAAGUUGUGAGAACAAUAUAUGUACCGAGUUUGGUGACUGUAGGUAAAACUAAAGGCCCCGAUAUACUUCAAACAAAGUUCUUUUUCGUUUUUCGUUUAUGGGUAAAACAAAGUUCGAAUUACGUGAGCAGCGAUAUACUGUAAUCGAGCAUCU